AUGGCUACCACCAACAGCGCUAGCUUGAGUUUGAAGCUUCUGAUUGACACAAAAAGCCACAAAGUUCUGUUUUCUGAAGCAAGCAAGGAAGUUGUUGAUUUCCUUUUCAGUUUUCUGUCUUUGCAUGUUGCAACUGUUACUAGGCUCCUCUCAACUGAUGGUAUGUGCAGAUCAUGUAACAUUUCCACCCCGGCGUCUUAUGUUUCUCCAUCUGCUCCUACUGGAGCAACCUCCAGCAAUAUUAAGGCAGGCUAUGUCAAGGGUGGUGUUAUUUACAUGAUAACGGAUAAUUUGGAAGUGAAGCCAAUGACCACCGAAUCAAGUGUUGCAGUGCUUCAAAAGCUCAAUGUGAAAGGGAUUGAUGCUCUUCAAGUUAAGGAGGGUUGGAAGUUGGUGAAGGCAUCAUUGGAGUCAAAUACCGCUCUUACCAAUAUCUUCCUUGGAAAGAAACAGCACAAACUUUUCAACUUUGGUCCACUAGCGACAUUGAGCUUUUGGGGUUUCAUUUUGGAAAACUCUACGACAGCUUAG